UCCGUUGCGCCCAUCCCCCGCCACGCCUUUCUCUCCGCAACUUCGCCAGUCCGCUCACGCUCGAGUCCGCGAACAUAUUUCACAUGGCCAGAAAACCUGUCGUCGUCGUCACCGGUGCUUCAAAAGGACUUGGUCUUGCCGUCACGAAACUCCUGCUCGAGAAAUUUGGAAGCAUCGUAGUGGCGAUUGCGAGGACGCGCACACCUGAACUACAGACUCUCUCGCUCGCUCACGGUAGUGCUCUCUUAUUUGUCGAGCUCGACGUUACGGAUGCUGUUGGAUUUGAAGGAGUAAUUUCUACUGCGAAGAAGACCUUUGGCCACAUCGACAGUCUAGUCCUCAACGCCGCGGUCUUCGAACCCACCGGCAAGAUCACAAGCGAACAGCUGAGCGUCGAGGCAUGGAAGCAGCACUUUGACGUUAACUUCUUCUCGCAAGUUAAUGCACUGCGUACGGUCAUUCCAUGGAUGCACAUGAACGAAGGUGAUAUCAAAGCACGUGUCAUCUUUGUGAGCUCAGGGUCAGCAACUGGCAACACGUACGGUUGGGCUCCUUACAACACCAGUAAGGCUGCUGUGAACAGCUUGUGUCGGACUCUGGCUCAGGAGGAGCCCGACAUUGUCUCUGUUGCCCUUCGUCCUGGGAGGGUUGAUACUGCAAUGCAAGCCCAGAUCCGUCAACUAGCAGGAACUGAUAUCAUGCGAGCGGAAGACGUUUCGAAAUACGUGUCCGACUAUGACGAAGGCAGGCUCGUCGACCCUAUGGAAAGUGGCCAUGUCCUCGCAUCCAUGGCCGUUAACGCAGGCAGAGAGCUCUCCGGUAAAUUCGUCAGCUGGGACUCUGAGGAAGCCCGCGACUUCUGGGAUUCGAAGUGAACGCCAUGGGCGCACAUAAUGAUCGACAAGGGCGAUGAACAAAUUGUAUGAAUAGUAGGCGAGUGUCCUGCCUGGCACUGCCGCCGCAUCCUGUACUACUACUACUUCAAGUCGUAACCAAAGAUGUAUUUGAC